AUGGCGCUCGCCCUAGCCUCUCCAAUGGCGUCUCUCCCCGUCCACUCCGGGAGGAUCUCGGCGGCGGCUAUCGGAGGCGUCGUACGCACUCGCAGGGCGGCCCCGGUGGGCGUCUCCGCCUCCCCGUUCCUCCGGAGCUCCUUCGUCUCGUCCUCCUCCACGUCGUCCGCCUCCGCCUCCCCCGCCUCGCUCGCGGCGGCGGUCUCGGCGUCGCUGGCCUUCACGUCCUCUUCCUCCUUCGCAGGUUCAUCUUUGGGAAUUGAGUUCAGCUACAAUAGAAUGACUACACGAAGAUCCCAUGGUCUGCAGAUUAGGGCUGGAAAGGCUGCCCUCUGCAUGACCAAGAGGUCAAGGUCUAGGAAGUCACUUGCCCGUACACAUGGUUUCCGCAGGCGGAUGCGGACUACUUCUGGAAGAAAGGUACUGAAGCGCAGGCGUGCCAAAGGCAGGAAGGUUCUUUGCACAAGAACAAACUCACCCAGUGGGAAGAAAAGAUUGUUCUAA